AUGGGGUCAGCAGCUCUGGGAAAGAAGCGAACAGCAAGAGUCAGAAAAGCAGAGGAACUGCCCCCUCUUGUCAGCCUAGGCACCGAGAGACAGCAGCAAAAAGCCUCUGCGGCCAUAAUUAUAUACAGCCAACUAAUCAUCAAUUACCCGCGCAUCACAAACCCAUUAAGGGAGGUUAAUGAAGCUCUCACUCUACUUCCUGAGAAACUUCUGGCGUUAUUACUUAGGCCCACAAAUGCACAGCAGAGCUCUGUUAAAACACAGAAAUUAAAACGCAGAGCAGAUUCUUGUGGUUCAAAUCAAGGUGUCCUGUCUCACAGGUACUCUCUUACCAACCCUAGCCCUUCCAAAGGCAUGACCGCGCUUUUACCCAUCAGGUACUGUCCAAGCAGCACCAGCAGCAGCAGCACCAGCAGCACCAGCAGCAGCACCUGCAGCAGCACCAGCAGCACCAGCAGCAGCACCAGCAGCACUAGCAGCAGCAGCACCAGCGCUCCCGAGUCGCCGUUUGGCCACGAUGAAGAGCCCGGUGCUGCCAAACGCCCUCAAACUGAACCGGCAGAAGAGGGGGAAAGGGAGAAAGGAAAGAAGCGCUGGGAGAUUCACGGAGCUGUCGGAGCCACCAGCAAAUCUUCAACACCAAACAGCUGCCCAGUGUCAAAGUCGAAAGGUGAAAGCUAA